CCAAGGCACAACAACAAGCAUCGACCCAGUCCACCUGCCUUUCUUCUCAUAUCGCCCCUUCACUCGGCCUCAGAGGAAGAGACACACCAAGGACUCUCUUUUUCUCUCUCGACGGCCCAGGCCUCAUACUCUUUGUACCACCAAAACAAGAAAUACACGCUUUGUUACACAAGACAUUCAAACAUACAUAAGCAACAGACAUCAUGAGACGGUCCAACAGUCGAUCCAGCCAGCUUGGCAGAUCAAACAGUACUCGCUCUGUUUCCUCUCAAGCUCAAAGCAACGCGUCGGCUUCAGCUGCCGCCGCCGCUGCAGCAGCACUCGCAGCAUCACAACGUCGCGCUUCAGAGUCCUCGACGAAUGGCACACCAGGCUUGACGCGCAGCUACAGCAAUGCCUCAAUCCGAUCAAACGCAACAGGUGGCACAGGCGCUGGCUCUCGACCCGGUCAGUACAACGCUGUGCGACUGACGGGUUCAAAACGGCUGAUGCAGCAACAACAGCAAGCUGCAUCGUCUUCACCUGUAACAUCUUCUCCUGCAACGUUUGGUAGACCUGGUAGCGUUGCUGGUGCACGCUCAAAGCCGCCGCAAGUUCAACAACGUCGACAAGGCGGUAUGUCCUCCAGUGCUUCGAUUCGUUCCUUUCAGAGUGAUUUGGAACGUAUCAAUGAAGAUUACAACAAAUCGUAUACCUAUACUGGACAGACCUCCGCUGGUGCAAUGCGAACAGCCGGUGCAACAAGCAACGCCCAUCUCGCUCCGCCUCUUGCAACGACACGUGGUAGACGUGCAGAAAGUAUCGCGUCGUCGAUUGUCUCUGAUUCCUCUGAUCUUCCAAACAACUCUGCUGACGCGCUUCAACAAAAGAAACGUAGUUCGCGCGUGAGUUUCUCAGAUGUCGAUGAGCAGGAAGAUAGGCGGUUGUCAAGAGACCCAUCGCCUGCUGGUGGUGUCAAGCGAAGUGCUAUGAAGCCAUCACCUGCAACGACCCUUGGACCUGGUCGAGGUGGGGCACCUGCCGUCCAGCUUGUGCGUCGAUUGUCGAGUAGUUCACUUGGCUCACAAGCCGGUCUCAUGGCACCACCCCUCAAUAAACCUGCACCGAUCGGUUUAGGUGCCAGCACUGUGGCUGUGGCUAGUUUGACAACGGCAAAGGAAGAGGAUGAUUUGAGCACAAUUCACUCACAUGGUAGCGUCUACAGUGAUGCUGACGAAGACUUCAAAGCCAGCCCUGCGAAACAGACACCGGCAUCAAAAGGCCUUCCGCGAAAUGGUGUAGCUGCACACACGGCAGCAACACCCACGCUCAAGUUGACGCAACAAAAUCUAGCAGCAGUGACGGCAGCAACGCGCACAACAGGGCCUGGCUCAGCGGCAGGGUCGGCUGCAGGAACGCAUACACCCAUUAAAUCCGCUAUGCGCAAAACACCCUCGCAAAAUGGAUCCGUGCGAUUCAAUGAUGAAGCCAAUUCUCACCUCGAUGUGGAUUCAGGGUCUGAUGACUCCUUUGCUCAGCGUCGUCGUGCAAAACGCAUCAAUGGCGGUGGUAUGGGUAUGCGAUCCUCCUUGCGCGGUGACGGGAAUGGUUCUGUUCGCAGUAUGGCUAGAAGCGAGCGAGGCAGCAGUCAACAUGGCAAACCAGCAGCAGCUGACGGUCCACGUCGGAUGACAUCGCUGCGUACGACGGAUCGUGCUGAACGACGACAAUCGAUGCAAGAACCGUCGCGUCAAGCAGUUGUCGAACAACAACCUAAUGGCUUGUCUCGACGCAUGUCCAUGACGAGUCUACGAAGUCAGCAGCAAGGACCUUCGCGUGGGCAGUUGAUGAGGCGUGGGAGUGUGGCGGGUUCUGUGGCUGGCAGUAUUCACAGUGAGGCUGUAUCGCAGCAUAUCGCUGUUAUGGAAGUUGCACAACGCAAUGUUCAGCGUUUGUUGCAUAAAGAUGCGAAUGCCGAUGUCGCAUCACUCGCUGGUGACAAUAUUCAUGAAGAUGCACGCGAGCCCAAGAAGCGAAGCAGCUUUGAACGGAAGCGAUCGACGAACAAGUUACAACGUCGUGACUCCAUCUCAUCCAUGCAGGAGCGAACCUUCAGGACAAGUCUUAGACCCGAGUCGUUGCUGGAUGGACAGUCUGGCCAUCGACGAUCUGCAUCAGAUGAUCGAGCAUUCGCAAAGCCUGCCCGACCAAUGAUUGCAACGAGCAGGUCGUCCAUGAGUAUUGUGCCAACGGGUACGACGCACAUAGAUGCCAUGUCUGAGCCUGCAACGCCCAAGACGAGCCGAUUCCGACGCAUGUCAUUCGGCUUUGGCAGCGCCAAGAAGGCUCGUGCUGCCGCUGCUGCAGACGCUGAUGGAGAUGUACCACCUGUGCCUAGCUUGCCGCCAAUGCGACGCUACUCGAGUGACUCGGAUACACCGCGUACACCCCGAACCAAGAAGGAGACGAGUGCCUUGCAGGCUGGCACAUUGCGUUCUCCGGAACGUGUCUUGAAUGCAGAGACGAGCGCCGCUGCUGGUGCGCGAAAGACGUCUCUAAACGGACGGGCAAGGUGAAGCGCUUCCAGAAGCUGCGUCGGCUGUUUGGCAUCAAGGACUAGCUAUUUGCUACCCAAGGUAUCUAUCUAAUGAGGUGGUCUCUGGCAUUUCCCUAGCAAUCUUCUGAUUUUUACC